AUCAGUAUAACGAACCAUGAACCAGUCUGAAUCUCAAUAUGAGCCCGACUUUCCUUGGGGAAUUGGUGUCUUCGACGCUCAUUGCCACCCUACUGACACCAUGGCGAGCAUCGCCGAUAUACCCCGCAUGAAAGCAACGACACUUACAAUCAUGUCCACACGAGCUGACGACCAAGACCUGGUCUUUCAAGUCGCAACUCAGCUUGCCAAAGAAUCAGGCGAUGGGAAUGAGGACGCACGGCGCGUUCUUCCCUGUUUUGGCUGGCACCCGUGGUUUUCGCACCUGAUCAUGGACGACAUAACACCGUCCAAAGAUGAUCAAAAGGAAAUUGACGAGAACACCAAAAAGUCACACUAUAGCCGAAUUCUAAAACCAUCCCCAGAUGAGGCUUUCACAUCUUCUCUUCCAACCCCCAUACCCCUCUCGCAGCUCCUAUCAGAAACGCGGUCAAGACUACAGGCCUUCCCUGCUGCCCUCGUCGGCGAAAUUGGUUUGGAUCGAGCCUUUCGACUACCCCAGCCCUGGACGCAAGAGGAGCACGACGCCCGAGAUGGCGCGAUGACGCCUGGGUCGCGCGAGGGCCGCCGGCUUUCUCCCUACCAGGUCAGGCCGGAGCACCAGAAAGCUGUUCUGGAAGCUCAGUUGCGUCUGGCCGGAGCAUUGCAGCGGCCGGUGUCUGUGCAUAGUGUGCAGGCACAUGGGGCCGUGAUUGAGGUCUUCAAGGGCCUUUGGAAAGGGCAUGAGCGGAAGGUCGCUUCACGGCGCGAGCGGAAACGCCGACAUAGUCAUGCCGAGGCGCAUGCGGGAAGCGAUGAUGAAGAUGCGCGAGGCGCGCAGACCUCACAUAGUGCAGGCACAAGGGAACGCGAAGCCCUCCCCUUCCCGCCACGGAUAUGCAUGCACUCCUAUUCGGGUCCUGCAGAAACCCUAAAGCAAUUCCUGCACCCGUCGAACCCAUCAGACGUCUAUUUCUCUUUUUCAAGCGUUAUCAAUUUCUCCCAUCACUCUGACAAGUCUGUUGCGGUGAUCAAGGCUUUACCCGACGACAGGGUGUUAAUUGAAAGUGAUCUGCAUAUUGCCGGGCAACAGAUGGACGAUCGGCUCGAGGAGGUCACUCGGCAGAUUUGUGAAAUCCGCGGGUGGGAUCUGCGGCAAGGGGUGCAGCAGCUGGCGGAUAAUUGGAGACGCUUUGUGUAUGGUGACGCGCUGCCAGAUUCAUCAAAUAGCUGAUACAUUCCAGUAGACGACGUACAUACGAUUUAGAGAUAGAAAUGACGUAUACAAAGAUUUGAUGUGGCUGGGCUGGUUUCUGCAGACUGAUUGAGCCCCUGGCUCCUGAUGGACACUAAACCGGAAAAGGGAACCAAGAUGUACAUUCAUUAUCUACACCGAUAGUACGUCUUGAAGCGAAGUACUCUGUACUAAGCGACUCAUGACUAAUAGACCAAGAAUUGUUAUGUAAAAA